UUCAAGGUUUGAGUCUUAUCUUUUUUCAAAUUAAACAAAGACGUACAUAUAACUUCAAUUAUCUGAUGAAGAAAAAAGACCAAAAUACCCAUCACGAGACGUUGAGCAAAAAGAAGUACAAAGGAGUGAGGAUGAGAAGUUGGGGUUCGUGGGUUUCCGAAAUUCGAGCACCCAAUCAAAAGACGAGAAUAUGGUUAGGAUCACACUCCACGCCCGAGGCUGCAGCAAGAGCCUACGAUGCCGCCCUUUUGUGCCUAAAAGGACCAUCGGCCAAUCUCAACUUUCCACCACAUCAUUACAACCACCUCCACUAUUCCACCACUGCUAUGUCUCCUAAAUCAAUCCAAAAAGUGGCGGCCACUGCUGCAGCCACCACCGAACCCGUCACCAAUGCAACCACUACCACCGCCAGUCCACCACUGCCAAUGCAUUCUCCAUCUAAUUCAUCGUUUCUUUCUUCUCCAACUUCGUCGUCUUUGCAUUUACCGACGAGUCCGUUUGACGAUGAAAUUUUGCUGGCAAACGAUUCUUUUGACACAACCAUUUACGAACCGUGGUCUUGGUGCAACUUGGAUGCACCGAUAUUCAACGAUUUGAUGUUCGGUGAACCAAUAUUUGAUCCUUCAUGUUCUUGGAUGGUCGAAGAUGUUGAUGAAGAUGGUGAUAUUCCUCUCUGGAGCUUCUACUGAAUUUUUAGUGUUGGAGUUCCACGUUGAAAUUGAAACGAGACUUAUUAAUUAAUUAUUUUUUAGAUGAUCUUCAAUAUUAUUUUCCUUGAAGAUCAUCAUUUACUCUCAAUAUAAUUGUAAGAAAUUCUAUUGUCAUCAAUAAUUAAUUUUAUUUAUCUA